AUGAGCUAUGAUUGCCGCAGUGACAGGUGUAACAUAAGCAGAUUUUUCCUUUCACUGCUGCCAAUUGAUGGAGGAAAGCUACAGCAGGAGGAUCCAACCGCUGCUAUAGAAAAGAGGAGGGAAGUCGUAAUCCGAGGCCUAAUUGAAUACAUGGGGGAGAAGCCAGGAGACUUGAUUUCAGAUCUACAGAGUCUGGAGGAAACUGAAGACACUCGGCAGAAUAUCGCCUAUCCAGUGAAGAUUGUCAAAGUUGGUGACACGUGUCUAUGA